CACACACGAACCAACGCCUCCAAGAAACCAAACGCAGUAGACAACAAAUCGCAGAAUGAAAGGCUCAGUUUUCUUCAUCGCAGUUCUGCUUACAUUUACAACUGUCCUCUCCAAGCAAAUCAGCUACAAUAACUGCACAGGUGAAGAGCUUGGAGAGAUAUUGUCCAUUGAUAUAACACCGUGUGAUGAAGAACCUUGUGUCCUCAAGCGAGGAGGUAACGAAACAGUAACCAUCAACUUCAUUCCACAAGAAGCUGUGACGACGGCAAAGAUCUAUGCCUAUGCUAUAUUUGGUUUAAUACCAGUUCCCCUGCCAUUGCCGGAUCCUGAUGCUUGUCAAGGGCAUGGACUGACAUGUCCACUGAAGAGUGGGGAAGCUGUUGAGUUUGUAUACACAGAGUACAUUUCUGAGGACUUUCCUGUUGGAGGAUUGAAGCUCAAAGCGGAGAUAAAAGACCAGAACGAUAACUCCAUCAUCUGCGGUAUUGUUAACUUGCAAAUAUCUUGAGCAGUUGUUAUGUGUAUUUUUGAGGUUUUUUUUAAGACACGUGUUGAUUUUAUAUCGUGAAAUCAAAGCACUGCUUCGAUUAUAUUUAGCCAUUAAUGUUUUUGUUAAUACGUCUGGUAGCUUAAAAUGAACUGAGGAAACAAUUUAGGUUUGUCAGUGAAUAAACAGAGUUCUCCAG